AUGCCUGGCUUCGCAACGCUGCCCCCAGCCCGACCCUCCCUCUUCGCCCCCGGCCCACAGGGCCGUUGCCGUCGGCAAGAAGGAGCCCCCCGCCUUGUCCGCACGGACCCGGAGGCCCUGCAGUCCCGCCCGAACGCCGGGCAGCUGUGCCUAGGGCCGAAGAUCCACGAGGUGCCCGACCCUCCCUCUUCGCCCCCGGCCCACAGGGCCGUUCUCGUCGGCAACAAAGCCGCCCCUGGCCCCGGCCACCCGAGCCCGGGCGCCCUGCAGUCCUGGCCGACCGCCGGGCCCCCGCACCCAGGUCCGAAGAGCCACGAGGGGGCACUGGUGCUGCGCCUCUUCAGCGCAUGCCUGGAUUCGCAACGCUGCCCCCCGCCCGCCCCUCACUAUUCGCCCCCGCCCCACAGGGCCAUUGCCGUCGGCAACAAGGCCAAACGCGGCCCCGGCAGCCCAGGCCCGGCCAUUGCCGUCGGCAACAAGGCCCAACACGGCCCCGGACGGUCGGGCCCUGCCUCCCUGCAGGCCCGCCCGAACGCCAGGCAGCCGCGCCCGGGCCCGAACAGCCACGAGGGGGACUGGGCCGUUGCCGUCUGCAACAAGGCCCAACCCAGCCACGGCCGGUCGGGCCCAGCCGCCCUGCAGGCCCGCCCGAAUGCCGGGCCCCGGUACCGAGGGCCAAAGAGCCACGAGGGGGCACUUGUGCUGCGACUCUUCAGCGCACGCCUGGCUUCGCCCGUUGCCGUCGGAAACAAGGCCCCCCCCGGCCCCGGCAGGACGGGCCUGGACGCACUGCCGUCCCGCCCGAACGCCGGGCCCCCGCGCACAGGGCCAAUGGCCCACGAGGGGGCAAUGGUGCUGCGCCUCUUCAGCGCACGCCUGGCUUCACAACGCUGGCCCCCGCGCGACCCUCACUCUUCGCACCCGGCCCACAUGGCUGUUGCCGAUGGCAAAAAGGCCCAACCCGGCCCCGGACAGCCGGACCCGGCCGCCCUGCAGGGCCGCCCAAACGCCAGGCCCCCGCGCCCAGGGCCGAAGAGCUACGAGGGCGCAAUUGUGCUGCGCCUCUUCAGCGCACGGCUGGCUUCGCAACGCUGGCCGCGCCCGCCCUCACUCUUCGCCCCCGGCCUACACGGCUGUUGCCAUCGGCAACAAGGCUCCCCCCGGCCCCAGCAUCUUGGGCCCGUCCACCCUGCAGGCCCGCGCGAAUGCCGGGCCACCGCGCCCUGGGCCAAAGAGCGAGGAGGGGGCACUGGGGCCGUUGCCGUCGGCAACAAGGUCCCCCCCGGCCCCGGCCACCUGGGCCUGGCCGCCCUGCAGUCCUGGCCGAACGCCGGGCCCCUGCGCCCAGGCCCGAAGAGCCACGAGGGAGCAUGGGCCGUUGCCGUCUGCAAAAAGGCCCAACACGGCCCCGGCCGCCCCGGCCCGUCCACCCUGCAGGCCCACCCGAAUGCCGGGCCCCCGCGCCCCGCCAAGAAGAGCCACGAGGGGGCACUGGUGCUGCGCCUCUUCAACACAAGCCUGGCUUCGGCCGUUGCCGUCGGCAACAAGGCCCCCCCUGGCCCCGGCCGGCCAGGCCCGGCAGCCCUGCAGCCCGCCCGAACGCCGGGCCCCCGCGCCCAGGCCCGAAGAGCCAUGAAGGGGCACUGGGCCGUUGCCAUCAGCAACAAGGCCCCCCCCGGCCUUGGCAGCAUGGACACGACCGCCCUGCAGGCCCGCCCGAAUGCCGGGCUUUCGCGCCCAGGCCCGAAGAGCCACGAGGGGGAACUGGUGUUGCCCCUCUUCAGCGCAUGCCUGGCUUCGGAACGCUGCCCCCCGCCCACCCCGCACUCUUCGCCCCUGGCCCACAGGGCCUUUGCCAUCUGCAACAAGGCCCAACCCGACCCCGGCCUCCCGGGCCCAGCCGCCCUGCAGGCCUGCCCGAACGCCGGGCCCCCGUGCCAAGGCCCGAAGAGCCAGGAGGGGGAAUUAGUGCUGCGCCUCUUCAGCGCACGCCUGGCUUCGGCCGUUGCCGUUGGCAACAAGGCCCCCCCAGACCCCGGCCCCCCGGGCCCUGCCGCCCUGCUGUCCCGGCCGAACGCCGGGCCCCCACGCCCAGGCCCGAAGAGCCACGAGGGGGCACUUGUGCUGCGCCUCUUCAGCGCACGCCGGGCUUCGCAACGCUGCACCUCGCCCGCGCCUCACUCUUUGCCCCCUGCCCACAGGGGCGAUGCCGUCGGCAACAAGGUCCCCCCUGGCCCCGGCCGGCCGGGCCCGGCCGCCCUGCAGGCCCGCCCGAACGCCGGGAACCUCGCCCGG